AUGUCUUUUCAAUCGAGUGAUAAAUUGCUAUGGCUAUGCCUUGGUGUCUCAAUAUUCUUCGCGGUCCGCGGAAUCGCAACAGAUCUCCGUCGGGUGCGCGAUCUAACAGAGAUCAAGCAUGUCGAGAAAGAAGAUAAGAUGAUCAGUGAGGGCACGGAAGAUGUCCUCAAAUUAGACACACUUCUCAAGCUCUCCGAGAGUACAAGUUAUGACCUCCGUGCGGCGGCAUUGCGCAUUAUCUCGGAGCGAGCUACGAAAGGUCAAACUCGGGAUUUACUUCUGGAUGACCUCGCGAGCAAGGACCACAAGCGGCGCAGUAAGGCGCUCAAUGCCAUGUGGUUUCUGGUAUCCAAUCGAGCACUUUCUCGAACUUCCGUGUGUGUCCGACUAAAAGACUCCCCGACGUACACGGCCAUUGUCGAUUGUCUGUGCAAUUUCCUCGAGGAACAUACCGAAGAAACCUGUACUACGGUGUCCCCCAUCCUCCCGAAGACGAGACCGCUAGGUGAAAAGAAAGCCCUAGGCAUACUCAAUGCCAUCCUGCAGGAAGAUAUACCCGCCGCAUUGGAAGCCGGAGUACUUAGCCGGUGGCUGACAAAAUAUCCGUUUCCAUGCGCACUGGCCGAACCGUCGCGGCGGCAGGAUGUGGUGAUUCUUAUGAAAUCUUGGUGGACAGAUGACCCAGUCAUGAGUUCAAUAUUUGGCACACUCUCUUCUCACCCGGAUGGAACAAAGCAAUUACGGAAACACGGCCUGAUGGGCAGCAUGAUGGAAGAGAACGAUGACGACGAUGUCGACAGCGAUGUGUGGAUGAUUGAUGGAGAAGAUACAGCCGGGUCGAGUCGAUACUCGGGGCGACGGGUGCGUGAAGGAACUGCAGAAGAACAAGCUGUGCGAAGGCGCCGGAGGGAAGCCAUGGUUUUGAGUGACGGGGGACAUCCACUUGGGAACGAGGACAUAAUACAGCUUCCUCUCCAAAGCAGUUGA